CAGUCAACCAGUCAGUCAACCAGUCAGCCAGUUAGAUCCCAGAAUAGAAAGCCCAGUGGGUGAACAGGACUCUCUCUCUAACAGUCUGCAGCAGGAACCAGCGGUGGAGUUUCCUCGGUCACAACUCAUUACUACAGGGCUUUUUUUUCUCCUUUCUGCCUACAACACAAAACACUUUUAUUAGCCGGACCCGCCUCCUCGUCACCUCCUCCGCGUGCUUCAGUCCGGUCUCACCUGUUGACGCCGACAGCAGCUCGCGCCGCUCCGACACCUUAGUUUCUGACUCAAACCAGGUGAAUUUAGCCUAAAAACAAGCUGAGCAGUGGAUAUAAAGUGUCUGGCAAACUGUCGCUGCUGUGGACUAACUUUAACUCAGACUGUCUGAAAGUGAAAGCGCUCUAAAAGUUUGCUGAAGUGACGUUCCGCUGGUUUUUUCCGUGUUUCCUCUUUGAAUUCGUCCAGUUUUGUCACUAUGUUAAACCCAGGAGGACCUGUAGCUACUGCCAGGUAGACUGGAGCUCCUUUUAACAGAAAUGCCCCAACACAACAUGGAGAGCACCAGGAGCCCGGGGCUGAGGCCGCCGUGGAUCGCCAGAGUGGCCGGAGGUCGGAGCCCCUCCUCCUCGGGGGCGGAGUCAGACACAGAGAGCAGCAGCACGGAGAGUGAGAGGUCCUGCAUCAAAAAGCUGGAGGUGGGCUCCCUGAGGGUCCUAUCAUCGCCCUCAAUGCUCCAACAGAGGAUCACAGAGAUCGACCAGCAGAAGGAGGAGCUAAAGAUCGAGCUGCAGCUGGAGAUCGCCCUGCUGCAGGGAGAGCUGCACAUGGAGCAGAGCCAGCUGCACAGACACACUCAGAGGCUGCAGACGCUCCAGCAGGAGGUCAGACAGAAGAAACCCCGACACACCGACAGACAAAAGGAGCGUGAGAGGCUGGAGGAGGAGAGACGGCGGCUGGAGGAAGUGAAAACGAGGUGCGAGGAGAAGGAGAAACUGCUCCCCGGUCAGCCAGAGAGCCAGAGAGAGACGCUGACUCUGCAGCUGCAGCAGGAGAAAGAGGCGAUGGACGCAGCAGUUCGAGCCUUCGAGGACUGGGAGUUUCGUGUUCUGGAGCAGGAGAGCGGCCUCGAGGAGGAGGAGGAGGAGGAGGAGAGCACGGUAGAUGAAGAAAAGGAGGCAGAGAGUGAAGGGGAGAUGGAGAAGGAGAUCUCCCGGCAGCAGCAGGCCGUCAACACCUCGCAGGAGCGAGUCCAGCAGCUGGAGAGACAACUGAAGGAGAUGGAGAGAGAGAAGGAGAGGGAGCUGAACGCCCUGAGGAAGGAGAAGAGGGAGCUGGUCCACACCAGUCACACGGUUCUCAAAGAGAAGAAGCCGCUCAGCGAUUGGUCGAACAUCACCAGCUCGACCCCCUGCAUGAUGUCACUGUCCCCUCUGACGGUUCACAAGCCUCCUCAGGAUCCAUGUAAAGAAUCUGCCAGUUUGCCCCGCAGACGGAGCUCACACCGCAACAACAGACUCAGCGACAGGCCGCUGUCCGCUCAGGGCUUGGUGAGGAUGCUCCCAGACAGCCAGAGCCCAGAGGCUUUCACUUCCCCCCUCGUUUCCCAUCGGCUCAGCAACGGGCACAGCAUCGGGCACAGACCCGGGACCAGCAACGGCGGCGGCGGAGGGUUCCUCACUCCGUGCAACAGCACGACGAGCUCUCGGGCUGCCAGCCCGUCUCUGUUGGAUCUGGUGGAGAUCGAGAAGAAGCUGAGAGAAGCCAAAGCGGAGCGAGAGAGGCUGCUCAGAGAGAGGGAGGAGCGACGAAGGCUGUUGUUGGAGGAGAGACGGCAGAAAGAGCUAAAAUCUCCAGAAACAGAAGACCAGGAGCCAGAGAUCCCACCCAGACCAGAGCUAGAACCAAAGGAGCAACCAAAGUCCAGUUCUCCCCCAAACUCCCCAGAGAAGGCGGUGCAGCAGCGCAGCCUGCCCCUCUUCCUCUCUCCAAACUUUGACCUGCGAGCCCACGUGGAGUCUCUGGGUCACGGCGUGACGGGCUGCACCGACCUGCGGCUGACGCCUCGGCGCUGCGCCGGCUUCCUGACCAAACGAGGGGGAAGGGUCAAGACCUGGAAGAAGAGAUGGUUCCUGUUUGACAUGGACCACAGACGACUAGCCUACUAUACAGACUGUGAUGAGAGGAAGCUGAAGGGGGUCAUCUACUUCCAGGCGAUAGAAGAAGUUUACCUCGACCAUCUACGGACAGCCACUUCUUCUCCGCGGCCCACUCUGACGUUCUGCGUGAAGACGUACGACCGCCUUUUCUUCCUGGUGGCCUCCAAUCCAGUCUCCAUGAGGAUCUGGAUGGACGUCAUCGUCACGGCAACAGAUGAACACAGCCGUUAUUGACCUCUCGCGGACAUGACUGUGACGCUGUGGCGUCAAGCUACUGAACAGAGCGCUUCGUUUGGCUGAGAUCCUCCUCAGGGCUGAUUCUGGACCUGGACUCAUGAAUCUGAGGAUAACGUGUUGAGGUGCAGUGGGACAGACGUGCUGCAACACAGCGGAGGAAACUGUUACUUGUUGCCAGCAGCAGCUCAACACAGCAGCAUGGACGCCUGCAGGUCUGCUGCUGCUGGCAGGUUUCACUCUCUGAGCCUGAGCGCCCCCUGCUGGUCAGAGUCAAGCAUUACAGGAAGCGGCAACACACUACAGCAGGCCUGGACACAGUAGUGAAGCACCUGCACAAUAAUAACAAUCCAACAUAACAACCCAGCAACAAAUUAAACUGUCUAAGACAGGGGUCGGCAACCUUUACUAACUAAAGAGCCAUUGUUGACCAAAAAAAGAGAAAAAUAUCGUAAUGGAGCCACAAACGUGUGUUUUGAUCCACUAUUUUUCCAACUUUUUUUCCUCAUAAAUCUGCAACUUUUUUUUUGCAAAUUUGCCACAUUUAAUCUAGUAAAUCCGCAACUUUUUUUCUUGCAGAUUUGCCACAUUAAAUCCCUUAAAUUUGCAACUUUUAUCUCACAAAUGUACUACUUUUAAUCUCUUAAAUCUGCAAUUUCUUUCUUACAGAUUUGCCACAUUAAAUCUCUUAAAUUUGCAACUUUUUUUCUUGCAAAUUUGCCACUUUUA